AUGACUGCCCUUAUUCAGCCUGGAGCCGGGAUUUCUGAGCUGUGCCGGGAUGGAGACAAGCUACUUGAGGCCGGAGAGCUGGAGAGGGCUACUGCUCUCUACACCUCCGCCUUCAGGACUCAUGCUGUUUCCACUGUGUCCCACAUGCGAAACCUGGAGAGGUGCAGCCUUACAGGAGUGAUCUCCACACUAGAGGCUUGGCUUGAUAGUCAUGGGGAGAUCCAGGCCGCUGAGGGACUUAAUAAAGGCCUAGCAGCUGUGUUUCUAUCCACACUCAGCCCCAACAACUUGUCAGCCACCAUUUUCAAAAUGGAGUCUCUACUUCAGAGUGGUGGGCAUGGCUGUGAUGAGAUUUUUGCUCGUUGCACAGCUCUGCUUGAAGGGAAGCGAGGCCCUUGUCCAGAGGGUCCAACUCGGGUGGUGUUGGAACUAACCCGUGCUAUGGCCUGCUUUUUCUGCGAGCCUCAGAGUAACAAGGCUCUCAAACUUUAUCUCGCAACAUACCUGAAUAACAAAUCUGACACUGUGACACUGGUCAAGAGCAGACAGGUUAAACACCUACCCAAAAUAGUGAAGGCCUUUUCAGAUCAAAUAUUGCAGAUACAUCCUUCCUCAAUGUCAGAUACUGAGUCUGCACUGACAGCCAAUAAAGAUGAUAAUUUAGACCUUGAGGCUUCUUCUAAAGUGAUUGAGUUUCUGGUGGCUGUUUCACCUGAAGAUAAAGAUGUGCAAGAACUUAAAGCAGCACAUCUGUUUUUGACAGGCAGGUUUGUGGAGAGCGCAGAGGUGUACUCUAUUAUCUUGCAACAAAGCCAUUCUCAGCAGAAGACAGGUAGCAGUAUAGAUAAGUCAGUCCAAGAGACACCUGAAAGAAGAGCUAGACUCUUAACUAGCAGAGCAGCUGCCUGCUUCUCAGCAGGUGGGCGAGCUGCAGAGGCAUGCAGAGAUCUGGGGGAGGCGUUUGAGAUCCACCCUGCCUCUGCCCGAAUGUAUUUCCAGAAGCUCUUCACAGACCAUGGCACAGGCGGGGUUGCUCGAAACCACCUUCGCCAACAAGCAGAGAGAGGCCUGUCUGGCUACAGGGAGGGGGUCCUCCUCCGUCCAGACAUUCGGUCCACUGAAGGAGUGGAGCUCCUGGAUCCUGUGAUCACUCAGUUACGGACUCUGUGUCACUUGGAGCCUGAUGGAGGAGGCAGAGAGCUGCGGGUUCGGCUUGCUGACUGUCUUCUGCUCCGAGGGGAACACAAAGAGGCCCUUUCCAUCUGCAGCCAGCUAGCAGCCGCCCCAGGUCAGCAGAGCUACCAGAACACAGUGCAAGUUCUCCGUGGCUAUGCACGACUUCUCUCUGAUGACCAUAAGGGGGCGUUAGAGGACUUCCAGGCUGUGAUCGAGCACAGUGCUCCUCAUCCAUCCAGCUGUGUGCGGGCUCUCUGUGGCAGAGGCCUCCUACGCAUGAUGAGUGGCUCACAUUACCUCACGGCUCUAGACUAUGUGACAGCCAGCAGGCUGCAGCCUCAGGACACAGCGCUCACGGUGCGCUGCCUUGUGCCAUGGAACUGCCGAGGGCUGCUCUUUACUGUUUUAUUAGAGCAAGGAAGAGUCUUGCUGGAGGGGACCAGAGAGCGCAGAUCCAGCCCGGGUCUAAAAGAAAAGUCCCAGGAGCACCAGCAAGGGGAUCAGUUACAGGCCCCGCCAAAGAGAGACAACCACCGAGAGGGGACUCCUGGCGGUGUCCACUCCCUGGCUGUGCUGCUCAUGGAGCUCCAGCCUGGUGCCGAUGGGCCUCAGAUCCUGGUGGCAGAUGCCCUGUACCAACUUGGCCGGGUGGAGGAGGCCUACCGGUUACUGCUGGCCAUCGGUCCCAUCAGCCCCCGGGCACCCAUCCUGGCACGCCUCGCCCUGCUGCAGCUGCACAGGGGCUUCCUUUAUGACGCCAAUCAGCUGCUGAAAAAGCUCAUCCAGUGUGGCGAUACGAGCUGCUUGCGCCCCCUGUUGGCGGUGGCACAUCAGAAGGACAGGGCACUGCUGCAGGGACAUUGCCACUCCGCCUCAAAACGCAUCCUGGAGGGCACAAAAGAGGAAAGCGCGCUCAGAGAGGCUGUGGCUUAUCUCUCCAUUGCUAUAAUGGCCUCUGGUGGUGAGGCAGCCGACUCCUUGCUGGAGAGAGCUCGAUGUUACGCCUUGUUGGGCCAACGAAAGACAGCCAUCUUUGACUUCAGUGCCAUUCUCAAGGAUCACCCGAACCACAUACAGGCGCUUUGUGGAAGAGGCUUUACCUAUCUCAUGCUGAACCAACAGAAGGAAUGCACUCACGAUAUUCUGGCAGCGCUUCAGAUAAGCAGUGACAUUGUCACCAAAGACAUCCUGUCACUCAAGGACAAGGCACGGAAGCUGGUUUGUGAUUGGCUGCAGCAGUACUGCCGCUCCAAUCUGUCAGAGACUCUGGUUGCUAAUGCUGUCCCCUGCCACGAAGAGCAGCUCAGAGAGGCUUUUAUUAUUGGUGGAGCUCUGAUGAGGACUGACUGCAGAGACCCCAGAUGGCAUCUCCUCUACAUUGACAUCCUCUUAGCCAAAGGUGGGGUUAAGGCGGCCGCUGCUCAUCUGAGCCAGGUGUUUGGCCAGGAGCCCAGGGAGGCCGUGGCACAGGCCAGGGUGGGAGUGGUGGAGGCCUGGCAGCAGAACUACCUUGGCGCCGCGCGCAGGCUCAGCAAACUAGCAGAGAAAGAUCCCACAGGUCUGGACUUCUUGCUGACCUUGAUGCCUCUGAGUCACCGGAAGCGGACGGCACAGGCAGCAGCUCAGGAGGCCAGCACUGUGUCGUCAAGUGGCCACUGGGAUCAGGCCCUGACACUUCUCACCUUGGCAGUACAAGCAACAGGAAAUCACAGACUCCAUUACCUCCGUCAGAGGGCUGCCUGCCUCGCCCAGCUGGGCUUACAUGAGCGAGCGAUAGUCGACUUGGACCGAGUUAUCCACAACCAUGGAGGGUCUGAUGCCAGCGGCUCAGAUGACCCCCAAGUAUGGGCUGAGGACUUGUGCCGGCGAGGCCGCAGCCUGGUGCUGUGCUCCAGAGAAGGGCCAGCUCUGGAGGAUUUCACUCGCGCCCUGGAGCUCCACAGGGGCCAAGCCAUCCAGUGUGUGGAGGCCAGUCUGGGGAGGCUGCGUCUGGCUGAGUGUUUCCUGCGGGGGGCGCUGCAGCAUUAUGGGGAGCAGCAGCUCAGUAAGGCCUGGAGACUGAUUGAGUGCGGCCUGGUGGUGGACUGUGAGAAUGCAGAGCUACGCAGGCUCAGGGCAAGAGUCAAACGUGAAGUGGCCAGCCCCUGCAAUGUCAACUAGUGAUGAUAUUCAGAGUAUUGCAAGAGAUCUCCAACAUAGCUUGCAUAAUGUAGCCAUAUCAGUGCCUA